UCCAGCAUUCCGACUGGCAGCCAGUGACAGCAUUGUGUCGUCUUGGCGACGGACGGAGAGAAAGUGAGCGAGAGACGUGACGGAUGACAGCAGUGUCAACAUCAUCUGCGUUGCGUGCUUCCAGUCUUCUUUUGCUCUAAUUUGUCUUCCUCCACUUCUGGAUCUACACGUUUAUUCAUUUAUUCCUUUUUUUUUCAAAAAAAAAAAAAAAAACUUAUUCCAAAGAAAGAGUUUGAGUGGCGUGUCAGACAUUUUUUUUUGCUCCAAAGACAGAACGAAACAUCGAUGACGAGAUACCACAUGAGCCUCUACGUUUUAUUGACACAUUUGUGGACACUGAAGCCACAUGGGGACCAUCAUGUACAUGUGAGUAUUAUGUCUGUUUAUAUGUUUUUGUUUAGCAUAUUUAUGAGACCGCCUGUUUGAAAGUGCAUCCAGCAUCACAAAGUGCUUCAAUGCAGCCUUUUCUUGACGUUUUACCAUUUUAAGCAGGACAGAGGAACCAAAUUCACAUUUUUAGAGACAAAUUUGAGCCGGCUCACUAAUUAAGACUGAGAAAUCACAAAUUAAUCAAGCAUAACAUUCGACCACUAAUACAUUUUUCUCUGUUAUGAAAUGCAAGUAUAGUCAAUGGAAUUACAAUGUAAGGCACAAUUUUGGUUUUUGGUAAAACAAAAACAAAACAACAAUAAUGCUUGUUCACACCGGUGUGGUAAGCAUUAAGGAAACAGCUGUGGCAUAUUCAUAUUCUUCGGGUGGUGGUCUAAUGAAUGUGAUCAACACAGGAUCAAUAUAUUUUGUCCUUUACUGCCGGUCUAGGUUACAUUUUCAGCAGGUUAUCUUAAUUAAGAACAUUUUUGAGAAACAUAAUAGAUGUUACAUCACGUCUGUUUUGCUACUUUCAACUAUCAUUUACAUCACAAGUAUAUACAAGCGUAUUCUAUGUCAUUAACACAAAAGUAAUUAUAUAUUUAAAAUAUAUAUUUUGUAUUUAAAUUUAUUAUUGUAGGUACAAAUCUGAUCUAAAUAAUCAAAUUGAUUAUUUAGGACAAGCAAAAUGUAUCAAUACAUACUGAUUACCAAAAAUAAUAUUUAGGCCUACACACUAUACCAACAUAUUGAUUUUGUUUACAAUUCAUCAUAAACCCCGGCAAAAAUAUAUAUUUUCACGAAUAUAAUUUUUGCUGCAUGUAUUGUACGGUAUAUAAACGGGGAAAUCAUAAUAAUAAAAAUAAUCUUUUCGUUUUCAAGCUGUUGUAGCUGUUAAACACUGCUAAGUUAAAAAUGCGUCAUUUCAAAAUGUUUGUUAUCCUAAAACAACAAACAAUGCAACUGCGCCUCAUUGUGAAAGCGGGAACUGUCCAAACAUAAAAGUCAUGACCAUUAAGGGACAGCAAAACAGGAACGAGCGCUAUUGCAAAACCGACAAGACGACGGUGACUCAGGACCGACGCCAACAGCGUGUCGGCCUUUGCACUGCUUCAGUGGAUUCAAAUAUGAUAUUAGUGAGCAGCGUUUUCCUUCACUGCGUGCUUUUGUGUCCCUGCGUGGCGUGCACAGCUCGACAUACCGUACGUGCAGUAGGUCUUCCUCUAAAUAUAUAUACGCCAUCUAUACAUGAAAUCCCACGUGUAUGUCUUUCUUUUGUUUCCCAGACGCUUUGAUAUGCAUCCAGUCUUUGCCAGCCGGGGACAUUUUCAACGCUUUAAAGGAUUUUGACUCACUUCCUCCAAACUUACGUACACACACACACACACACACACACACGAACAAACUAAUUUGACACAUCAGACAAUCGGCAUUGCAGGAUGUGUUUCAAGGACAAAUACAGAUAUCCACUUGGGGUCACGCUGCGCCCCAACCGCCGUUAAAAGUCACUCGAGUGCAAUGUUGGAAAGUUAUGAACUUAACGAUAACACGAUAAGAACAAUUACAGCGAUGCGCGAUUCAAGGUGGCAAUGUAAACGCCGCGUUACUCUGCACGAGCUCGACUCCUCCUUCCGAAAGAACACAACUUUUGUGUAGAGCCCAACCACUGGUUAGAAAAUUAUUAUUUAUUCACGACAAAUAAUGGAAUUUUGUUCAUCUAUCUAUGGCAGCGCGGUAUGGUGACAGGCCAAACAAUUAAACGCCCUUCCACCAGAUGGCAGAUGGUACAAUUAACCCGUUGCCAUUCAUAGCACAGAAGAAUAGCAAGCAGGUCAACUUAAGAGGACCUCAUUUCAUCCUGAGGAAAUUUGUGAAGAAAUUGAGACCAUAUCGUUAUUUUGGUGACAUUUUGGGUCUGCUGGUAUGCAGUUAGAUUGUUCUAUUUUCGAAUAUGCGACUUAAAGGCGGGGAGACAACGUUGUAGAAAGUUCACGUGUGAAUCCUCCCUGAUUGUGAAAAAUGCUAUAUAAAUAAAAUGUACUUACUUACAUGCAGGAUGAAAGUUGCAGUUGUGUGAGGUAGAGGAAAAAGUAUAUAUAUAUAUAUAUAUAUAUAUAUAUAUAUAAAAUUAUAAUUAUAAAAAAAAAAGAACAUAAAUUGCAACAAAGCCUAUGGAAAGCGAACGUGCGUUGUGUGAGGUGGUGCAUGUGAGCAUGUUAGUCAUCAUCGUAUUCAGGAACCGCAAGGACAGCACACACUAACAAACACACGCACGCACGCACGCACGCACACACACAAAAGAGGAGCUUGCACCAUGAUGGAGAGGACGAACCCCGUAGAGCCGCCCGCCUCCCCGCAACCCCUCCCCGGCUCCUCGCCUUCGUUGUGCGAUUCCGAGGACAAAGAUGUCUCCGAACGCACCGAGACGACCGUAUCGACCAAUGUGCGCGUGGAGGCCGUCGUCACGGAGACAGACGACCCUCAAGACGGGCCGUCAGCCAGCGUUUCUCCCACCGAGUCGCCGAAACUCGCCACCCCGCCGCCACUGCUGCCAUCCAAGAUCAAUUUGGGCCCGCGCCCACCUCCACCUUCCUCUGCUGCAACCUCAUCCUCAUCAUCAUCCUCCUCUCCACUUCCGUCCCACAUACCAGUCAUCAGCCUGGCCCACAGCAAGCCCCCUCUGGCCAUUCCCAGCCCAUCACUGACCGCCCUGCACCCGAUUCCCAAAAGGCAUCCUCACCUGGAGCUGCGUCGCACUCAGCUGGCCUGUCUGCCCGUCGGCGGUUCGGGAGGCUCGGCGGGAUCCGCGGGUGGAGGCGCUCCAUCGGGGCUGCGGGCUCAGACGCACCUGCAGCCUGCUCAUCCAUUCUUCUCCAGCUCUUUCUUGGGCACCCCGGGAGGAAGCUAUGGUGCCAUCACCAGCGGCAGAGUUAAGAGAAGACCUUCGCUGCACUUUGAGAUGGAGAUCAAUGAUUCAGGUCCACCUCAGAAAAUCGCCCGCCGAGUCUUCACCAACAGCCGCGAGCGCUGGCGGCAGCAGAACGUGAACGGCGCCUUCUCCGAGCUCAGGAAGCUCAUCCCCACGCAUCCGCCCGACAAGAAGCUGAGCAAAAACGAGAUCCUGCGUCUGGCCGUCAAGUACAUCAACUUCCUGGUCACCUUGCUGGACGACCAGGCUCAGGACGGGAGCAGGGAUUCCGACUCGGACGAGGUGGCACGGAAGACUGACUUAUCGGGGCUAGACAGUAAACUGGAGCCUCUCUUUCAGUGUGACACGCCCCCUCCAUCCCAAGGCGCCUCACCGCCUUCAACCUGUCCCCCUUUGACGAGGACUCACCGCUACAAACGAGACUCUGCCGACUCAGCGACUCCGCUCGCCGCCUCGCCGACGAGCUCCAGUUGCGACAGCGACGUGAACAGCGACGAAAGCUCGGGGGCGAAGGCCUCAGUGGUGACACGUGGCGCUCUGGGCAAGGUCAAAGGUCAGAUAAGGAUGGUGGCAGCUACAAAUGACGAGCGGUGACCACAGGGGGGAUGGAAUGCAACGGAUCCGAUACCAAAGAGAGAUGCGGCUUGCUCACAUUAGAAGAGGUUGAUAUUAUGUCAUUGUGUCCUUUCCAGUAAAGUGCAAACCUUUGUUCAUGUUGCGUUCAAUGUGUUUCAUUCCCCAAUUAGUUUGAUCCUAAGAAAAAAUAAAUAAAAAAUCUCAAGGUGGGGUUUCAGC